AGUCAGAUACAACGUGCAAGCAGCGGAGGCACAACAUGCUGGAUGGAGUCUCCUGCCACCCCUGGUAUCGGCCCGUCGGACCAGCACUACAGCCCUAGCAGCGCCCCCUCCGGCCGACCUCUAGGACACUGCCCCCUGGCAGGAGAAAGAAGUUCCUUAUUGCCAAGUGAGAUCCGAAGUGCUAGCGCCGGGGACGGGAAUCACUCGGGAGUGAAAGCAACGCAGUUGGAUGUUGUGUCAACGGAAUAGAGCCCCAGUGACGACUAUGGGAAUAUCGGAAGCAUCUGACGUCCUCCUCCUGUCGGACCUUAAUACUGGAGAGACUAUUGACGCUGGAUCUAUAGAUUCCUGCCCCAGGGUCAUCAGAUGUUGACUUCUAUCGUCACCUCCCUAGAAGCCCUGGCUCGUAAUCGAUGGGAUCAUUUCCCUUGGCUGGCUGACCUGUAUCACUCAUCUCUAGUUGUCUACAAUGCCGGUUUCUAUCAUGGCCUCCAGUGGCAUCACGUCCCUCUACUGGGAAGUUUUUCCUUUGAUGCCCACCUGUCGGGUUUAUUGCACACCGACAUACCAGGAUGGGCACUUGUACGUGAUGGGAGGUUGUAGCAAAGCGGGACUUCCUUUGGACACGGUGGAAAUGUUGGAUGUGGUGUCACAAACUUGGACUGCGCUACCUUCGUUGCCAACCCCUCGAGCCGGAGCAGCGGCAGUGACGGUGGGGAAACAGGUCCUGGUGAUUGGGGGUAUGAAUUAUGAGCAGUGUCCGCUGGCAACGGUAGAGAUAUACAACAGCGACGAGGGAAAGUGGGAGAAGAAGGCUCCACUGUGCCAACCGUCCAUGGGGAUCAGUGCCAUUGAAAAAGAUGGGAAGAUUUAUGCACUUGGAGGAAUGGGUGCGGACACCUCCCCUCAGGCCUUGGUAAGACUCUAUGAACCAGCUAAAGAUAACUGGGUGCCGCUUCCCCCCAUGCCCACGCCACGUUACGGAGCCUCCACUUUCCUGCGUGGAAACAGAAUCUAUGUCUUAGGGGGUAGGCAAGGAAAACUUCCGGUAACAGCCUUUGAAGCCUUGGACCUAGAGGUAAAGAGCUGGACUCGUUAUCCCAGCAUCCCAAGCAGGCGUGCCUUUGCCAGCUGCACCAUGACAGAGACGUCUUUCUUCAGUCUUGGUGGUUUACAGCAACCCGGACCCCACAACUUCUACUCCCGGCCACACUUUGUAAACACCGUGGAGAUGUUUGACUCCGAGCAAGGAAUCUGGAGCAAACCUUGCCGGUCCACGCGGAUGAGGGAAAAAAGAGCGGACUUUGUGACGGGGUACCUGGGGGGCCGAGUGGUGGUGGCAGGGGGACUAGGCAAUGAACCGUCCCCCCUUGAGCUCCGUAGAAGGCUUCAACCUGGUGAAGAAGAGAUGGGAAUUUUUGCCCUCCAUGCCUACAGGAAGAUGUUCCUGCUCAACCAUCCAGUCCGACAACAUGCUCUUCAUCAUCGGCGGGGUGGCACAGGGACCCAGCAGUGCUGUGGAAGCUCUGUGUGUCUUGGAAGACGUAUGAGAAGAACCUUAAAAAACAUAACACAAACUCAACCAACAAUGUUGGUAGUGGAAAGUGCCUGAUCAUCUCUUGUCAUGUAGAUCGGAGACCUACAGUGAUCGGUUUAUCUGCUGUUCUUCAGUCAAAGGUCCUUUUUAUUGACAGAAGAUGGAUGAAGACCAAGGAGAGUUAUCUCUUGAUGAGCCCGGACAUUACCAGUCUUGGUCACCUCUGUAUGUAAGACCAAGUAUAGAUCAUCUGAGUAGCACAGUAGAGUAAGACCAACAAAGUAUUAUUCUAGCAGUAGAAAGUUGUAUCCAAACUGAUGUACACCAUAUGGAUGACGACGAUACAAAAAGAUAAAGUAGACCAAAAAAACAAUAGAAAGUAAUAUUUUACUAGUCGACAAUCCUUCUUGUAACAAUUCAAAAACUUGUCCGUUGUCGUUAAGUUUGAAUGUGAUUUAAAGCCAAGCCGGAUUCUUACUGUACGUUUUUGGACGACGUGUGACACUUUAGAAGGGAUUUAUUUUUUAUUAAGAUGUUUGGUUUUCUGUUUUCAACACACAGCUGUCUUAAA